GAAUCUCCCCGUUCUUCGCUUCGAUCAUGGCGUCGGUGACUCUGGAAGGUUUGCCGGCCGAGUUGAUUGAGGCAAUCGUUAGUUGCCUCGACUUCCAAGACAUCUGCGCUCUGCGCCUGACUACACGCACCGUCUCAUUCAAGUCUACCAAUGCUACCUUUCGGACCUAUUUCUCUUCCAAGAAGUUGCAGAUUACCCCAGCCUCGCUGGAGCAGUUUGUUCGCGUCACCCAGCCCGGGCAGCUCGGCCUCUGGCUCCAACAGCUUACUCUGUAUGACUUUCUCGACCAAACGAUUGGACAAACCAGAACCGAGGACCCAGAUGAUACGCUCCAGCUAUCCCAACUGCUAGCGCAAGGGAUGGAAAAUAUCCGAGAUCGAGCUCCACACGGUGGUCGGUUGUCCAUCUCCCUCCAGAUCCAGGGGUCCGACCCAGCCGGGCUGCUCUAUGCGGACAGGGAGGCCACAACCAAAUUGUUCCAUGUAGUCAUGUCAGCCCUCGGGAGCACUGGACUACCCAUUCAGUCGUUGGAUUUGUUCGCCGAUGCCUAUGAUCACCACCACGGGAGCUGGUGUAGCUUGGGUUUCAGCGAAAUCACGACGGCUUUAUCCCGCGGCACAGCGGGCCUAUCGACCUCCCUUCGGCAAUGCAAGAAACUAUGCCUGAGUAUGGGGCACUGUUUACGCGGGUUCGAUUUUGACACCGAGACACGAUUACCGUUGACCUACGACGAGGCCCGACAAAACACCCGGUCACUCUGUGAUCUGUUGAACCUUUGCCCUACACUGGAGGAACUGCAUCUUGUCUGGGAGUAUGACGAUGUCGAAGAAACGAGCGCGGUUGUGGAAGAAUUGCUUUUCUUCAAUCGGAUUGCAGAAGUCUGUGAGUUCCUAAUUUUAAAGAAGUGUACCUUGAAGCGUAUCCGAGCGUCCGAGACCGGAGUCCUGUCCUUUUUCCGCAAGAUUCCCGGGUUGGUGUAUUUGAGCAUUGACGGAAUGGACCUCUAUGGUGAAGGUAGAUUUGAUUGUCUGCUUGAACUUCUGUCUACGGCUAUGCCUCAGUUGGAUAGUUUGCGUCUCCGCGGACUUAUUAGUGAGUUAGGGACCGUUGAAUUCCCGGAAGAACCCCGAAAAAAUUGGUGGAAGGAAAAAAGCCAUCCCUUUUAUGGUAUCAUGCGCAGAGGCCCCGACGCCCGGAGACCAGUUGUUGGCAGGAUUGGGUAGGGAAAGUCGGUGGCUAUCAGCAUCCGAAGAAUAUCCGAGUAAUUCGAAUGUGAGACAUGAUAGAGCAAC